GUCUUUGCACUCCCACUCGCACUCCCACGCCGCCCGCAGGUCCCAUGCACAAUACAAUAGCUCUCAAUUGCUCAAUUGCUCAACUGAUCAUCCAUCACCUGCAUCUCCAAUCGCCAUCCCAUCACCGAUACGAGGUUCCCCAUCCCCCAGGCAUUCUCUGCCUGACUUCAUCUCUCCCUCAAUCAUCAUUAUACACCCAGCCUGUUUUGAUCCUUUGUCGACUGGCCCUACCCUUUUAUCGUUCACUUACUUCAACGUUCCUUCACGAUCCGCGGUGGUUCAUUAACGGCCUGUCUCCAUCUACGGUGUGGUUCCUCAUCGUCCGGCCCGCUGCGUUACUUCCCCAUCGUUGUCCUACAACAUUAUCAAACCUUCAGACACCGCGCCUGAUCACUGGCCAUUUUCCAUAGCAACCAGCUUCACCCCCUCUGUUUGAAUCCUCCGACUUGUCGAUCUAUUUCACGGCCAUCUCCACUGUCCAAUACCCUUCUGUCACUUUGAUCGUCUGUUGAAAGUUACACUGUGCUCCGGAUUGCAUUGGAUUGCGCAGCCUGCUACCUUAUUGCGCCAUCUCCACACUUCCAACCCUGCCUUGACGCCUAUUCUUCAGCCAUCCACUGCGGCCUGUACACCCUUUCUAUCACGCCUUGACCUCUCUGCCCACCUCGCGUAACCCAUGUUCACCAACAUCCCCCUAUAUACUUGCGACUGUUUGGGACGAUAGCGUUGAGACCUGAACAUCUGGGCCUUGCCUCACUUUCCGCCAACCACCGCCGUCGGGGUGGUCGACGUCGAUCAUGGCUACAACCACUCCUCAGUCUUCGGUGCCUCGAAGAUCAAAAGAGUCGGACAAGAUCGGUAGCUUUCAACGACAGGAGGAAAUUGGCCGGGGCAGUUUUGCUACUGUGUACAAAGCCAUUCAUACUGUAAGUCGUCGUUUGUCUUCGAACUACCUGGGCCAUCCCCAACUGAUUGAUUUCUAGGCUCAUUCUGGCACCCAAAGCAUCGUUGCAAUCAAGUCUGUCAAUCUGGCCAAACUCAACAAGAAACUGAAAGACAACUUGACCUCCGAGAUCUCCAUUCUGAAAGGUCUACACCAUCCUCAUAUCGUCGCCCUGAUAGAUUGCAAGGAAUCCAGUUCACAUAUUCAUUUGGUCAUGGAGUAUGUUGCCCUCGGUGAUCUGUCACAGUUCAUCAAGAAGCGAGAUACAAUCAAGGACCAUGAGAUGGUUGGAAAUAUGAUGCAAAAAUACCCCAAUCCUCGAGUCGGCGGAUUACAUGAAGUUGUCGUUAGGCAUUUCCUCCAACAACUCGCCAGUGCUCUCCAAUUCCUUCGAGCCAGAGACCUUAUCCAUCGAGACGUCAAACCCCAAAAUCUACUCCUCAGUCCCUCACCCGCCUACUUUCGUCGACACAACCCUUACCCUAUGCCCUAUCAGGCCGACGAGAACUCAUUGAUGCCUGUAUGUGGUAUCAAGUCUCUACCUAUGCUCAAAAUCGCCGACUUUGGAUUCGCCCGCUCGCUUCCGGCCACUGCUCUCGCCGAAACUCUCUGUGGUUCACCUCUCUACAUGGCCCCUGAGAUCCUCAGAUACGAGAAGUAUGAUGCAAAGGCCGAUCUGUGGUCAGUCGGCACUGUACUUUACGAGCUCGUGACCUCAAAGCCCCCUUUCAGAGCAAACAACCACGUGGAGCUCUUGAGACGUAUCGAAAAGGGUGAUGAUCAGAUCAAGUUUGCAGAUGAGAUUCUCAUCUCUGACGAAAUGAAGAAGCUGAUACGUACUUUAUUGAAACGGGAUCCUAAGGAGAGACUGUCAUUCCCAGACUUCUUCAGCAACACAAUCAUCGUUAGCGAUAUUCCAGGCUUACACCCCGAGGACAUGGAACAAGUCAAGGAAGACUCGCAGCAACUACAGACCGAACGCCGUCGAAGCAGCCGCACGGAUCCAGCAGGUGUGGCUCGACCUCGAUCCAUCAAAGAGCCAGAGAGCCCAUAUUCUGACAACAGCCGGAAUAUCGCCGAGGAUCCUGUUCAGCGACGUUACUCAGUCAAUCGGCGUCUUUCAAGCGCUAGAGACCAGACCGUCACACAGCGAAGACCGUCAGAUGAGAGACUCGCGCCCAUGGACUCGAGUCCUGGCUCUAAUGCUCGACCUGCGCUUCAUCCACAUGCCACAGCUCCAGGAAGGACAGAAUUGUAUUCGCGACCCACAUCUACACCAAUGGCCCGCCAGUCAAGUGGUGGCUCACACAAGUUACCACCAUCCUCUCUUCGUGCCCAGGUCUAUGAUGAGCAGCAAGAGCUGGCUCUGCGGAAACAACGCGAAGACAAGGAGCGAGAGCGAGUGGAUCAGGACAUUGCCUUUGAACGAGACUACGUUCUUGUGGAGAAGAAGGCCGUCGAGGUCAACGCUCUGGCUGAUGAGUUGGAUGCCAGCCCCCGACUCAACCGAAAUUCGUUGCAGACAGCCAUGUCACCGAAAUCUGGAGCCAUGGUCCGUCGAGCCACCACGCAAGGACACCCAGCGUCGACCACAGGGGCUCAGACCAGUGCUUCGAGAGCUGUUCAGAUCGCAUCAGGAAGAAGACCAGAUGCUUUGCAUCAACGACAAAGCUCGUAUGAACGACGAUAUGGACCAAGCCCUAGUUCGGCGACGUCUGCCAUCUCAAAAGCUCUUAACAUGGCGAGUGGCCGGCUGUUCGGCGUUGGGUUUUCGCCCCCAGUCAACCUCAUGCGGGGAGGCAAAUCACCGCCAGUCGGAUACAAUCCAUUUCCGGUGUAUCCAAGUUCUCAAAGCAGUCUAGUGGUGAUCGGCGACACAACGAAGCCACAGGCAACAGAUGAAGACAGCAGAUUCGUACAGAUUGUGGAAGAGCUUGCAAAUCGGAGCGACGUUGUGUACGGUCUGGCAGAAGUCAAAUACAAGCAGCUGACUCCUGCUGCACCAUCCCAGACUGGCCUUGGACUACGCAAUCCAUCCAGUGAACACGGAUCCGAGAGUCCUAUUGGGGCAGUGAAUGAAGAUCUGACCGUGGAAGCGGCCGUGAUCGUUUCGGAAGAAGCACUGGUACUCUACGUCAAAGCAUUGUCGCUGCUCGCCAAGGCGAUGGAUAUUGCUGCACGUUGGUGGCAACGAAAGAAUCGAGCUGAGGGGGCCGACGACCGAGGCUACCGGACUUCAACAAGUGCUGCCGCGGCUGGACUUCGAAUGAACAAUGUGGUGCAAUGGAUUCGCAAUCGAUUCAACGAAGUACUAGAAAAGACUGACCUCGUCCGUCUGAAGUUGAUCGAGAGUCAACGACAUUUGCCCGAAGAUCAUCCCAGCCAUCCCAACAAUAUUUCUACUACGACAGCAUCAAGUGUAGGCUUGGGAACCUCUGCUGAGCAGGUGGUUGUUAGCACAGGCAUCACAGCCGAGAGAUUGAUGUAUGACCGGGCACUGGAGAUGUGUCGGGCGGCUGCCAUCAACGAGCUUACCAACGAGGAUCCACAAGGCUGCGAGAUCUCAUAUGUGACCGCGAUUCGCAUGCUGGAAGCGAUUCUGGAAAGUGAUGACGACAACUUGUCACGACAGGGUAGCGGCUCAAGUGACCAAGAGGAAAAGGACAGCCUGGUUCCCAUCAACGGACUAGAGGCUGAGGAUAGGCAGACGGUCAGGAACUUGGUGACUAGCAUUCGCAAGAGACUCGGCAUCCUUCGACAAAAGAUCCAAAUCAGCCAAAAGCGUGCAUCGGCACCAGCCCUCCCUUCUCCUAGCCGUGGAUCACCACCCGUUGGGCAACGAGUGAACCACCCUGCCGCUCUGACGCCGCCCCGUGCAUGAAAUGUUAUCGAUGCAAGUUGAUUGAGCUAUUUGAGAAGAAUUUGAGUUGAAUGGAAUUACCGUGCUGAUGGAGAGCGAUAGGAUGGUUCUUUGCGCAACAAUGCUUUUUACCUUUUCUCCCGGGAUUGACUGGCUGCUUUAGUGGCUACGUUGAUCACUGGAAUGUAAUUACCUUAUUGUUCUGUGUGACCUGGUGGUUCGGGCGAGUGAGCGGCCCCAAUCGUGAGGGCUUUUGAUGUACAUGGAGUUUUGUUUUUGUGGGGAGGUUGUCCGUGGGGAAACGGCGUUGGAAGACUUUCCACUCAUGCCGGAGGAAGGGUAUGGAUCAUGACUAUUAUGACUGAAGAGAUAUGGUCGGUCAUUGCCGCUUGCUCGCGGCCAGCUGGAUGUGUUUGGGCGAGGUGGAUUGGAUUGGAAUACAUGACAAGAAGAUACCCACCCCAUGUUCUCUUUGGUCGAUUGACACGACACGACACAGCUGAGGUUGUCAGGCGGGCAGAUGGACAUGCAUUGCAAGCAUGCAAGCAAGCAGGAGUUAGGACAAUAGGUGCGAAUGCAUGACGACCAGACCACCUGUAUGAAAGAUGAAUUACAAAUGAAUGAACGAACGAAUUGACCUGA